AUGAGCCUCCAAAGAGACAGAGACGAAGAUCUGGAAGUUUUUGAGCCUCUUUAGAAAUAAGUGUCAAUUAAAAGUCUUGAAGAUUUAAACUUUAAGCAAAAUGACCACAUCUUAGAACAAUAUAUGCUUAAAUUUAAAGAAAAUUAUAAAUUUACUGGAAUAAUCUUAGGUUAGAAAAAUAGGGCAGUGAAAAUGAUUAGCAAAUAAAAAAUGAACAAAGAUGUAGAGAUAAGAUUACGUUAUGAAAUCGAUAUUUUAAAAAAUUUAGAUCAUCCAAACAUAAUCAGAAUUCUAGAGGUAUAUGAGGACUCAGCUAAUAUUUUUCUGGUAACAGAAUUAUUUGAGGGAAAAGAGCUUCACGAUGAAAACAUACUCAUUGGUAAAUUGAAGGAAGCAGAUGCAGCUGAUAUAAUUCGAUAGGUGCUUUCCGCAAUAGCAGAUAUAAAAGCUGAAAAUAUACUCAUAAGCCACCCAGAUGAAAAAGUUAGAAAUAAAAUAAAAAUCCUCGAUUUUGGAUCGGCAUUAUUUUUUUCAACUGAAGAGAAGAUGCAAUUGCCAUAGAGAUAUUUUUGGAGAAGAAAAUCAAGAGAACUGACUGACUUUCUUAAUAAACUACUUGAGAGGAAUGCAGAAAAGAGAAUAACAGCUGAUUAGGCUUAAAAUCAUCCUUGGAUCAUUAAUAAUUUGAGGAUCAAUGAAGAUGUUGAAUUUGCUAGGGAGGCUCUUGAAAAUAUAAAAUAAUUUAAACUGUUUGAUAGAAAUGGAGAUGGAAAAAUAAGUUUUGAUGAGUUUUAUGAAGUUUAUAAGUAAGUCUAUUCCUCAAAGGAAGAAGGUGAAGAUUAAACUAAAGAAGCAUUGAAGCUAUUCAGGCUGGCUGAUAUCGAUUAAGAUGGAGCUAUUAAUUUUCAAGAAUGGGAAGUUGAUAACAGUGGAUAGAUAUCUGCUUAAGAAAUAAAGUAUGCUCUUGGCUUUGGCUUAAAAAUAAUUGAUGACUAAAUUUGGGAUGAAAUAGUGAAGGAAUUCGACGAAGAUGGGGAUGGUUACAUUUCAUUUGACGAAUUUAAGAAAAUAAUGCAAUCGCUAUUGCCUACUACAUUAGAAACAAGAAGGACCUAAGAUUUCGCUGAUGAGGAUUACAAUAGUCUAAUAUUUAACUAUAUCAAUGAGUUUGAUUGA